CAACCGAUUCCUUGUUGGAUGAGCUAAACAGGCGCAGUUGACAGUAAACAGUUGAGCGUUCAUACUGAACCAUCAUAGAAGCAGUGGCACCUGAGACCUAAACUCCACCAUAGCAUUUUCUUCAUCUGCUCCAGGCUAAAACACCUAACAAGAGAUGACGAGGAGUUUUGCUCAGAUCGUGGGUCUACUCCUGAGUAUCCUAGGCUUGGUGUUGGUGGGCUGCACUUUGGCUUUGGACCGCUGGAGGGUGGCCCAGGUUGGCGGCCAGGGAGGCUCAUCCGUAGUGGCCACGGCCUGGUUCUGGUCCGACCUGUGGAAGGACUGCCACGAAGACUCCACUGCUGUCGUCAAUUGCGUGGACUUUGGCGUCCUUUGGAGAGUCAAAGCAGACGUUCAGGCAGUGCGUGGGCUCCUGAUCAGCGGGCUCAGCCUCGGCGUGGUUGGAACAGCGCUGACAUUUUUGGGAAUGGAGUGCACCAACAUCGGAGGAGAAACCGGAAGCAACAGGAUUUUAACAGCAGCGUGUGUGGUCAAUCUGCUCAGCUGUGUGUCAGCCGCAGCUGGUUAUUGUUUAUACAUAAACAGAGAGGUUGCUGCUUUUUUACACAGUAAGGCAGAUCCUUCACGAGUGAGCUAUGAGAUGGGACCACCCCUGUACGUGGGACUGGCGGGAAGCGCCCUCAUCACUAUCGCCGCUGUCGUAAACUGGGCGACCGUUUGCAACAAAGUCAAUCUGAAAAGACAUUACAUGGCGCCCACUGUCAGUCGGGCCAGCAGAUCAGAGCGAAUGCAGCGGGAGAUCCAUGGUGCUGUGAUCGUCUAGCUAGCUUUUCACAUUGUUAUGUCAACAAAUAUUCAUUUAAUUAUAAACUAGUUGAUUCAACUGAGGGUUUGUCAUGUUUAUUCAUAAAUAUCUCGAGGUGAUAUAUACUGGGGACAGUGAUAAUAUAGCCCAAGUAAACCUAAAGUAAAUCGAAUAACUGAACGUCUCAAUAGAAAAUACAUUUAUUCAUGAGAUUAGAAAGUCCAUUAGCGUCAAUGUGUUUCAGAUUUGCUGUAUUUUGUUCACAUCAAUUAGAAACAAAGUCAAUCAAUCCUAAUUUAAAACAAAGUUUUAAGCAAAAUGUGUUGUACCAAAGGUUAGUCCACUAAAAGUGGUUGAUCUACUACUGAGGUGGGCAAUUACAUUACAUUACAUUACAAACUGUAACUGUUGCAAGGGACCAUCAUCAAAGGAAAGGUAGCGAUAACUACAAAACAUGACGGGAAAAUAUCCAAAAUACACAGUAAAUGAAUCAAAAAAGAUUAAAUGUAAGUCAGGAUAUAAAAAUAUUUCAUUUCAUAUGCAUUUCAUUUGAAUAUAAAUCAACAUAACUAAGGACCAGACGUUCCAGAUAAAAAGGCAAUUUCUUUCAAAAUAUAUUUUCAAUGUUCCUUCAAUAUAUUUUGAGGAACAAGAAAAUCACAGAAAAUGGCCAAAUAAAAGAAAAUUUUAGUCUUAAAACAAAAACAUGCCAUAUUUACUGCUGUGGUGGUGGUGGUGGUGACUAAAAAAGACAACAAAAUAAAGGCUGAAAAAUUACAAGAUAUAAGUUAUAGUUUUAGUCUGAUGUCAAAAGGGCCACAAAAAUACAGGCAUCGUGCCACAUAGGCCCCCGGGUCGCACUUUGCCCAGGUUUGAUCUACCACCUCAUCAUCAUCUUUAAUAAUAUUGACUAUAGCUGGUAAACAAAAUAAGGCAUUAUUCUCUCAUGAUGUUAUUGAUAUGUUUGUGUGAAGGCCGUGGAGCCUGACAAUAGUUGUCCCUCCAGUUUCCUCUGUCUGGGAACAUGAUAGCUGCUGACCAGGCAAAACCAUGGAGGCGAUAAGACAAGGAACAAGCCUCGCAUCCAUCCAGUCAGCAUCACACCAGCCGUGACAGACUAGGAGAGCUGGCACCAUUGGGAUUUCAACAGUGUGAUACUGUUUUGUUUUGAAAGAGAAUCAAGAUGAAGUACAGGACGGUGGUAAUGUACAUGGAGAUCGGCUGCUUUGUGUCUUGCCUGUGUGGCUGGAUCCUGGUUUGCUCCACUCUACCCACGGAAUACUGGACCUUCUCCGAGGUGGGCAGCAUCGUACUCACAACCUCCAAUUACUACUCCAACCUGUGGAGGGACUGUAUCUCAGACACCACAGGGGUGUCCGACUGCAAAGACUACCCCUCGAUGCUGGCUCUUCCAGGGUUUCUCCACGCUUGCAGGGCUCUGGCAGUCUGUGCGGUCAUCACCGGCUUCUUUGGAGGUGUCCUCACUCUCAUUGGGAUGAAGUGCACCAAAAUAGGCGGGUCAGAGGUCGCCAACGCUCGGGUGACAUUCGCAGGCGGACUCACGUACCUAUUCUCAGGCUUCUGUGCGAUGAUCACCUACUCGUGGUGGGCCAACAGAGUCAUCACAGAGUUCUUGGAUCCAAACUUCAGGGCUCAGAAGUUUGAACUUGGAGCUGCUGUUUUUGUUGGUUGGGGCGGUUCGGUUCUUCUCCUCGCAGGUGGAGGUGUGAUGACUUUCUUCUCAGGAAAAGAAGGCUUGCCGUCAAGCUCCUCAGACAUGCCACGGAGACCACGCACCUACGCCACAGCCAGGACCAGAAGAACAUACAUGCUGCCGCCGGCCUCCUCCAGAGUCACUCUAGUUCCUCCACUGUUCUACGAAGGCAGGAAAACAAGAACACCCAGAGCUCCGGCAACAACGUUUCGGUCUUACAACCGGGACGACUUUGUCUAGCUAAACAUUAGUGAUGGGUAGAUGAGGUAUCAUGAAACAGUAUUGCAGGAAUGAUGAAACAGUGUCCUGAUAUUCAGAAUGAUGUGCGCUUUCUUUAAAUGCGUUUUCAAGUCCAAACAUUUUACAGCAGACAGUGCCAUCUUGUGGCCUCUGAAAAUCAGGACACAUCAUCACCACUUCACUAUUGUUUCAUGAAACCUCAUCUUCCCAUCACCACUAAACAUGAGACGUUGUGAGAAAAUGGAUUGGUUCAGACCUGGGCGUUUUGCAAACAUUUGCGAGUUGGUUGUCUUUUUCUUUUGAAUCCUACAGUACGCUCAGCCUCUAGUGGGCAAAACAUUUGAAAACCCAUGUAUUAAAACAGGCAGAUUAUCAAAUCUUAUUAUCUGGACAAUGUUUUCCUUUUAAUGGCGAGUGUUUUUCAUCAUGCCGAAUGUUUUGCCUGUUAUGUGGUGAAUACUUUGGAGACUCAAAGCGGAACAUUGCAUUUGUCUUGCAUUACUCACAAAAACCAUGCACCAGAGUGGAACAUUAAUCAGGGUUAGCUGCCCAAAAAUUGUUUUUUUUUUUUUUAUAAUAAUUAAGCUCACUUAGUUUGAGCACACAAAGUCCAUAAUAAUGAUUAUUGGCCACUCUGUGUUUAUUUAUAUAUUCAUUUGGGAUGUGGAUUUCAGGAGUCAACUCUGGCUUCUGUUGGCAUUUCUUCCUAAAGGUGUUUGGGAUGUGCCAAGAUCCCACAGGAUUUGUAUUUACUAUGUCUCGGUUGCUAUGGGAAUGUCAAAGUCAGGACUGCGAGAGGGAAGUCCCAGCCGACUUGGCCUCAAGUUUUACUGGUUGAACUUUACAUGAACAUGUUCUUUGGCCAUUCUUACUUCACUUGUAUAUUGCAGUACACAUUUUAUUGCUUGUAUGCAUAUUUACAAAUAUGUAUUAUCUUAAGACACAAAUAUAAACAAUUUACAAUAAAAACAAAACUAUAAAACUGGAGUGCAGAAUCUGUUCUC